AAUUGGAGGCAGUGUGGCUGGUGCAGUGCUGGGGUGAGGGUGUGUCCGCGCGCGCUCCCGGCCAACAGCCUUCGUCUUCGCCACACGACUUCCCCCACCAGGACAGAGGUAACUGUGAAGGCGUGGGGGGCUGCCGUAUGCCAUAAUAGGCGUGUGGUGUGAGGUGGGCGUGGUCGCUAGUGUCUGGGGCUGGCGUGUGAAGGCGUGGCCACACCUAAACUCGUCUCAACACGUCGCUAUUAAGAAAUACGUCGAGGUGUGAGGGCGAGAGCGUCACCAUGCUGAAUGUGUUGUGAGGGAGAAGUGGUGAGUGUCGGGAGGAUCCAGUGUGAGGGCCUCACCUCACGGCUCACACACACCCGGCGCCGCUAUGUGCCUGGACCAUCCUCACGCCGCAGGAAUCCCCCUGCCGCUACUGUCUCUCACACCGCAGAGAUAAGGCGUCUUCUCACUGUGUUACCCAGCACAGGAACAAGGAGGCCUACCCCCAGCCAGGUCGCCCCUAUAGGCCUGCCGAGUACAGUCGAGGCCACUGACUCCCCCUCCCCCUCAUACUGAGAGGUCAUCGGCCGUGUGCGUGUCAGCCACUACCGCUAUGACCUGUAGAAGGGCAACAGAGGCCCGCUGGCAACACAGCUCUGAUACUCGUCGUUAUUAUCUACGAAAUGAGUUUUUUCGUUAAGUGAAGUUCUCCAUCAGCAGAUCACACAGGGUAGAUGACGCAGUUAUACGAUAGGGUUAAAUUGGACAAAAUAAAUUAAUUUCACAUUUAUUUUUUAUGAUAAUCUGACAAAAUCAAAUAAUGAAGGUAGCCAUCCCAGGAAGAGCUAUCAAGAUGCAAGAGCACUUCGGAUCAUCAACAACACAACUCAACCCACUGUUAAGACACGGGAAGAUUCCCUUCAACAACAUAGAGAUCCGGCCCACCAUAGACUACUUAGCUCUCAACUCAGCCACUCAGAGCGCUCACGGCCUCGAAGACUCCACCCACCUCAACAACAAAGACUGGAAGAGAACCACAAAAUUCUACAAAAAAGAACUAAAAGCGAAGGGAAACAUUCGACCAUCAACCGCAGUACGACGACACGUGAAAAAAAUAUCAGAAGAAUUUACUAUGACUCAAACCAAGUACGAGAACUCCGUCAACACGAGCGGCUCAGUGAAGACCUCAGAAGGUAAAGAUAAAUUCACAUCAGCAUCAUCAACAUCUUCCUCUUCAUCAAUAACAGUGAGCCAGAAACUACCGCAGUCCAAGUUCUCUAAGAACGUCUUCUCCAAAAUCACGUGUUCUAAAUGUGAAUCUUUAACAAAAGUGUCGAGGAAGAACACAAUGGCGCCUCUCGUUACCUCAGCCGUGACCACCACAGCUAAGACGUGUAACUCCGCCUCCAAGAGUCACUCCGCCAAGAGUCAGAACAAUAAGAGCAAAAACAGUAGUGGGUCGUGCAGGGACUCUGGCUCCCCACAGAAGAAACUCUCAUCAUCCCUGAGUCCCCCAGGGUCCUCCCCACGUCCUCGCCACAGACACCCCAAUGGUCGGUGUGUAGCGGGUGGAGUAGCAGCAGCAGGAGGAGGAGAGCCGGGCCUGGCACCUAACAGCCCGGCACUGCCCAGAUCACCAGGGAGGAAGGGGUCCUCCACCUCCCUAGGGGGAAUCUCUCCUCGCUCAAAACAGAUGUCCUCCGAGCAGAUCAGGAAGGUGAAGGUGUUUACAGAAAGAGCAAUAAUGGAGGGCCGCGUGUUCUCCAUAUUCGGGUACUUCCCCGCCAUUAAAGAUGCACUGAGGAGACGUGGAUGGGUGGAGAAAAUACAGCACAGUGUUCCUUACGUCAACCCGCACCCCAACAACUGUGUGUGUCCUCACGUGGGCUACCAGGCGUCCUUCACUCCUUCCAUCACCACCACCGCCGCCUCCAACCACAUCUCCACCAGUAGUGGGUCAUCAGCACAGCCAGGUCGUAAUGGGUCAGCAUCCACCCGCAGCGGCCAAGACGAGGAGGUCAAAGGUGACAUAGAGGAUGUCAACGACCCCGCCCAGGACAACACUGCUGCUGACGACGCUGUUCCACCACAACAAACAUCAUCAGAUUCAUCACCCCUCUCCCCAGAUAAGUCAUCAUCACCACCACCACCACAAUCAUCAUCAUCACCAUCAUCCUCAUCUUCAUCAUCACCUUCGUCCUCAUCAUCAUCAUCAUCAUCAUCAUCAGAAACGGACGAGGAACAACAGAAAGUGAUCACUGCCAACCAAGGUUCUUCCAACGUAGAAACUAAUAUAGUGUCGACCAAAUAUGAGAAUCCUCCCCAGCCUGCCGCCGCCUCUCACACACCAACUAUACCCACUUCCAGUCAAGAGGCUCAGGUACCGGGGGAGUCUUCCAGCAUUACAGAGGGGACCGGUGAUACUAACCCCACUCAGCUUGUAAGUAACCGUGAUAGUUUCAACACUGCCAUACUAGGGCCUUCUGAAAUACGGAAAGGACUAGCAUCAUCCAUAACGGAGAAAAACGCCACCAUAUUUAAGUACAGUACAACACACAUUCCAAAGAAGACAAAAGACAACGUGGACAACACCGAUAAUGAGGAACCACUUGUAGAGGAAGAAACAAACUUGGAAGAUGUGAAAGAAAAUGAGGAGGGAGAGACUCAAUUAAAGGGAGAUGAGGAGGGUGGUGAUGAGGGGGAGGAGGGGACACAGGUCGCCCCAGAGCCGUAUUGCCCUUAUAUUGAGUAUGAACUGUGUGAUAUGGACCUCCCUUUGGUGGCCAGGCUGCUGAGGAACGUGGAACCGAACUUCCUGUGGACGUGGACCAGGGACUCUAUAUCCUUCAAGCACCUCAGUCGGGAACAAAUGGUCAACCGCUUCCCCAACACCCCCUUCACUACCAAGUAUGGCUUGUGUGAGACUCUGCAGCAGUUACAUUGGUUCAGCGAAGCGGCCAGUGUAGAGAGCUUCGUGCCACGGGGUUACUGUAUUGGCCAUGAGGACGAGCGCACAGCCUUCAUCCACGACUACCGCCUCACAGCCUGCCUCAACAUGCUCAAGUGGCUCACUGAACGAUACGACACACACGGUCCUCAAGCUGUAACUGACCCACACGGCGAGGUGCCGAUGAAGAGGGUGCGUCAGGCGCUGGCCCACGUGGAGCAGUACAUCCAGUCUUGCUGCCACGACGACCUAGACGCCCCGCCGCCCCCCACCCUCAGAGACCAUGAGUGGGACGCCCUCCUCGCCGCCCACUACAAGAUCGUCCAUAUGGAUAAAAAGAUCAAGAUCGCCUCCCCCGUCCAGCUCCAGGUACUGGUGACGGAGUGUGAGUCAGCUGUACAUCGAGUGGUUCCCUACUGGCCGCAGCUGUCGAUGGAUGGACUGAGAAACCUGUGGAUAGUGAAGCCCGGGGCCCAGUCUAGGGGUCGCGGGAUCUUUAUGAUGAACCACCUGGAGGAGAUCUUGGCUCUGGUACAAUCCCCGCUCAUAUACGAGACCAAGUACGUCGUGCAAAAGUACAUGGUUCCCCCGUCAGAACGUCCCCUGCUGAUCCACAACACCAAGUUCGACAUCCGCCAGUGGUUUAUGGUUACUGAUUGGAACCCUCUACAUGUGUGGGUCUACAAGGAGAGCUACCUGAGGUUCUGCUCGCAACAGUACGACCUGACCAACAACAAUGAGGCAGUCCACCUGAGCAACAACGCCAUCCAGUGUAAAUAUCUCAACGGCGAGAGGAGCGGGGAACUACCUGACGAGAACAUGUGGGAUUGUCACCAGUUUAAGGAGUACCUCAGGGGCCUGAAGAAGGAGGGAAAGUGGGAGGAGGUGAUCUACCCCGGGAUGAGGGAUGCUCUGGUGGCCGCCAUGUUAGCCGCCCAGGUGGAGAUGGACUCCUUCAAACACGGCUUCGAGCUCUUUGGUGCUGACUUCAUGCUCACCGAGGACCUCAGGCCGUGGCUGAUUGAGAUCAACUCCUCCCCGUGUAUGGCCGCCACCACCAGCGUCACCCGCCGUAUGUGUGCCCAGUGUCUCCAUGACGUCAUUAAAGUGGUGGUGGACUACAAGCACAACAAGACGGCCGACACUGGGUUGUUUGAGCUGGCUUACCGGGACAGUGAGCGCUCCAUCCCCAACCCUCCAUACCUGGGCGUUAACCUGCAGGUUGUGGGUCGACAGAUCAAGAAGGGUCCCCUCAAGGCAGAGAAGAGGAAGGCCAAGAAGGCUCGUCCAGCAGUACGUGUGGUGAAGCCUCUGCCCCUCAUCACCCUGUCACUGGAGGAGGGUGCCACCCAGUUCGCCCCCAGAGGAGACCCAUCCCGGGACACCAACGGGGCGCUCACCAGGCACUGCUCACUCCUCGACUGUCGCAAAUACGCCAGCGGCAGCAUCACUUCCUUGGCCAUAUCAAACAUAGAAUCCAUACAGAGCGCCAUAAACGAAUCAGAUAAACUAAAUCGCAGUAGAGACAAUCGGUUAAAUGGCUGUAGCGAAGGCAAUCAGUUAAAGAAAUUGUCCGAGGAGUCAAUUACUCUCACAGUAGGAGAAAGUAUAACCAAGAGCAGUGACAGUGAGGGAAUAAAGCAUGGGUCGUCAGGAGGUCCACACUCAACACUGACGGCAGGGAAGGCCAGUAGUGUUGGUGCCACACAGCUGGACUGGCGUGGCUCGUGACCCUCCCACCAACAUGCUAGGUAGUAUGUGAAGUGGUGAGGUUAAUGGUGAAGGAUGGAUUGUGAAGGUAGCUGGUGUAGCCUUGUGUGGGGAAUGAUGCUAGUCCGUGGUAGUGUAGCCAUAAGCAGUAAACUGGAUGGAAAAGGAUGGAAGAUCAAGAAAAAAUAAUAUAAAUGAAGAAAAUUAUUAAAGUAUAAAUUUAAAAGUAAUAUAAAGGACAAAAUAAUAAAAAGAAACUACAUAUCGGAAAAAUAUGAGGUGAGGAAUUGAAUACUGUACCUCCUAAAAGUGACAUGUCGGCGUCACAGCCAGACAGGACAUGAUUACUAUUGUAUGCUAACAAUGACCCUAUGAUAAAGUAUAUGAUUUAGACUUUAUCAACCUCAUAUUAAAAUCAAUUACACCAAAAAAUACAGAAUUGUACUGAUUUUUUCACAACAGAUGAUAGAGUGUGGUAUAAUUAUAGUACAGGCACAGUACAGUAGGCUCGACUACGCCAUGAAAGGCACCAGAAGGGAAGCAGUUCAGUAGGGUUACAGCCCACUUAAAAACGAGGUAAUUCAACUUAAACCUCUUGAAACAUUCUAAUAAUAAAAACGUAACAAUAACUGAUUAAUUAAGAUGAAAAAGAAAAACUAUAUAGAAAUUCAUGAUCGUGAAAAACAUGGGUGUUAAAUAUACCAACACUAAAAUACCUAACAUGAGAUUGACUUCAAGGACGCUACACUUUCUUGUCAUUCACUCAGGUUAACUGUAUUUUAUAUGAUUCAGGGUUCAAUACAUAACUGGAACACCGGCCACUACGCACACCAAUAAUAACUGUCAGCCUUAAUGUUUGCUUUCCGUGAGUGUUGACAUGGUAUUGUAUUGUGAAGCUUCGGAGAGGAUGACUUAAUUGCUCAAUCUAAGCUUAAAUGUCCUGGUACUUGAGCUUCCCACCAAACACAAGAGUAACACGAGUCAACACACAUAACUAUAAACAACAUUAAUUCUCUUCCUUCUAUUUUCAUAUCUUGUUUAAAAUCAACUAUCUGUUUUUGUCUUUUUUCCAUUACUGUAUCUAAAUGUUCCUUUAUAUUUUCCUCUUUAAACUCCCAUUUAUUAUUACUGAAAUAUCCUCAAGUAUUUCCCUAAUUAACUUCUUCCUUACAGGUACAGUUACCAUCAAUUUCUGUUAGGGCAAUAAUCGUGUCUUCUACAUUUACAAACAAGAUACAUUCCCGCUGCUCUCCAACAUAACCUUUGAUAGAGUAACAUUCCAAGUCUUUAUUCCCUUCAUCUGGUCUUGGCAGCAUUUACAUGUCUUACCCUGGAAACAUCAACUUGACAAACAUUGAUAUACACUGCAAAACAUUCUCAAAACCUCAGUACAUCCUCUCUGACUGCCCUUACAAUGGGACACUUAAGAUUUUGGUGACUUUAAACACUGCUUAAGUCGAAUCAUAUCUACUUUUCAUGAGUGUCUAAGUUACUUCAACAUCCAGGUGUGGCAGACACAGUUGGAUGUCAGCUUAUCCUACCCCUCAUUAUCUGCCUCCGAUUACUUUUAGUCUGUUUUUAACAUUCGGUCACAGUUGGUAAUACUGCAAAGGGAAACAAUUAACUGGCAACAAUGUGAGCUGAAUACCGGGGGUGGUCUCCCAGAGGUUCACGUAAAAGAAAUACGUCAAAACAUUUUUUUUAAAUACCGUUGAUCUUAUGGAAAAGAUUUGCUUAGUAAGAAGAUACCAGGAGUUAAGUGUAGCUUCAUCCACACCAGCGAGGAGCCGGGUGUUAGCUGAAGGCUGGCGAGAUGUCAGGACCAUCAUUCAUUAAUAUGCCUUUUGAUAAAUGCACACAGUUUCACAAUAUUGUUCCUAGGUCACACCUAGUACUGCCAACCAGGUGUCAAAGAGUGAUCGCGGUAUAUCAAAAGCUUUGUACUGUAAUAGACUUGUGUCAAUGUGUCACUUUCAAUUAGACGUGGCUUAAUUUUUAAUAACCGAUGUCUGCUCUCAAGUUUCACAGCCAGUCUAUUCCGCCAGAUUGUCAGAUAACAAAUAAUAAUGAUAAUAAAGAUAUAAAAUUUAUGUAUAUAUUGAUAAAUGUCCGUGUGCCUAUGCAAUCAGGGCACAGUUAUUCAGAAUUAUUAGUUCGUUAAGUAAAGUUGAUCUCAGGAGAAUGUCCCAUCUGUUCUGACGGGGGACAAGGAUACAGUUUCAUAUUCACACUUCUGUACUCUGAGGAAAUUAUACAUAACAGGAAUAACUGUUUUAGACGUAAAGUGUGUUACCAAGAAGCACACACUCCAUACACUGGGCUAUUAAUACCACCAGUAAAGAGUUUGGUUCAACUGGCUGGGGAACUAGGAUGCAGGAGCAAGACCCACACAGCUUUUUUCGGUCUUGUUAUGUGAGCUUCGUAGAAGGUGAAGUAGUGUGGACUACACUUACACACUUUUAAAGGUUUACCUUGUGAUUUAUCGUGUUGAUGCUAUCGACGAGGCUAGUGAACAUACCAUUUCAUGUACUGUACCAACCUUUGGCAAUGGAAUUUUUGUAUGGACUCUACUAAAUUCUUUUAUAAAAUCGUUUUAAUAAUAAAGAUUCCAGCUAAAUA